AUGGUCGGGGUUCAGUUUGACAAGAAGGACAUAAUUCGGGUGGAUAAAAGUGCUGCUCUGCCUCGACUCACGCAGUCCCUUUUGGCGCAGUUCCAAAGGGUUCUUUGGGCAUGGGAUGGAGGCGAUCUUGAGAAAGACAGCACAGGGGUCACACGCCGAGCAUGGAACCUCCUCGACAUUAUCUGUCGCAUACUCGAACUUACUCAAAGUCACUAUGAACCUUCAUCCGACACCAUGCGAAACCUGGACGUGUGUAGGAAGAUUUAUUCACGAGCGAGGUCAUCCGAACAAAACGACCCCUCGGCUUCAUUGGCAGCUCUGCGAAAUGCACUGCACUUCACGCUCGCCGCUGCCAAAGCGUCUCGGGACCCUGCUCACUUGUGGGAUUUCUCGUAUUCAAGUUUAGGGACAGGCGAUUCCCACUUGCCAGAAGACUUCGAGUGGCUGGUGGAUUACUACCUUGACAUCUAUUCCGACAACCAGGAAGUGGCAUUUGACAUCCUUUUUAUACUGGGUAUCAUAAAAGUGCACUGCAGCCCUGCUAAACAACAUCGAUUCAUCGAGAGCCUCAUCGCCUGCAUGGGAAGUAACAUGCCUGUCCAUUUGCGUUAUGCCGCUCUUCGCGCUACUCACAUUGUCCGAGAAGAAAUCGUCUCGAUCGAUACCAUUGAUGCGAAGCUGCGGGAAAUGGUUUUAACCAAGUUAUCCCCCGCUAUCCUGACUACGGUUUCGAGGGAUUCCAACUGGCACCCCCAUUUGUUUGGGGAUCACCAUAUAGAUCGGUGCAUCAGCAUGGUUGGAGAGUACUGCAAAUCGUACUCGCUGCGUCCCUUUUACCUAUCUGGCAUCCUCCUCCGAAUUCCAUCUGAACAGUUGUCGGUUACAUCGCUCGAUGCUAUCACAGCGCAGCAGUGGUGGGACAUGAUGAGACACGCAUGGUACUAUGCCGACUCUGAAAUUGACGACAUACACUGUUUCGAGUUCCUCCCCGUCCUUGUGGAAGGCACGAAGAGGUACAUGCAGAUCGCGUCGGAAGGUCAUUUCAAGUAUCUCGUUAGCUAUGUGGAUGACGUUCUCAGAGCACUGAGGAGGCGCGAUUCAGAGCAGGGAGAGGGAGAGGGUGUUGUCGUUGCUGUGGAAGAGUUAAGGGCUGUAGCCAGCGAUAUGCGUGAGAAGUUGGUCAACAGUAAAGGAGUUAUUAGUCCUUGAUUAUUACG